CUUGGUUUAUGCUUUUAUGACUCUGACUAAAGUUCUGACCAUAAAACUAACACUGACACACUUAAACACAGUUGCAUACUGCGUCAGCGCUCGGAUCUGAGUGGAAACUGUCUGUGCUCUGCUAUCAGUGAAACAGGGAUUCUGUGUGUUGAGACAUCAGAGUUUGUGCGAGAGGAUUUGAGUGUAUAAACGAGUGUGUUUUGGGUUUCGUUAAUCAUGUCGAUUGCAGUUGAACUGGUGGGGUUCUUGAUGUGUGUUGGGGGCUGGUUGCUCACUGGCGUGGCGUUGGCGAAUGAUUACUGGCGCGUGUCGUCGUUUUCGGGCAGUGUAAUUACAUCUGUAUGGUAUUAUCAGAACUUAUGGCAGGCCUGUGCAGAACAAAGUUCCGGCAUCUCCAACUGCAGGGAGUUUGAGUCUCUACUUGCUCUGCCUGUACACAUCCAGACCUGUCGAGCGCUGAUGAUUAUUGCUCUCAUUCUGGGUUUGCUGUCUGUUAUUCUCUCCAUAUUGGGACUCAAGUGCACUAAAAUGGGCAGCAUGACUGAACAGACCAAAGGAAAAAUGGCUCUUAUGGCCGGAGUGUUGUUCAUUCUCUCAGGUUUGUGUGUUCUUAUAGCCGUGUCUUGGUAUGCCACUCAAGUCAUUCAGGAAUUUAAUAAUCCUCUGAAUGGAGGUAUAAGGUAUGAACUGGGCACUGGUCUGUAUCUGGGCUGGUCUGCAGGAGGUCUCGUCCUGUUGGGUGGUGUAUUUCUCUGUACUUCUUUUAAGACAAGUCAGUCACCUGCACAAUCACGGGGUUACAACUACAGCACUACACAACCUCAGAAGAUCUACAGAACAGAUGCACCGUCAGAGAACAUCAGUUCCAAAGCUUACAUCUGAAUGCGUCUUUAUUGUUCUGUGUUUGUAUGUAAAUACCAAUACCAAUACGAUACCUCUAUUAAAUAAUUUUUUUAAAUGGGUAAUUUAAAAAAAAGCAUAAUUUUUUUUUUACAUUUAUGGGCCUAAACUGAAAAUGAUUAAACUUCUGUUUUGUUUACCCUUACAAAAUUAACCAUGUUUUUACUACAGUAGCGAUAGUUUAACCAUGGUAUUUAGUUUAACCAUAGCUACCACAAAAUUAACCAUGGUUACUAUUGUUUACAACAAUAUUACUAUAGUAAAAAUGGAUACUACGUAUAUUGAUAGUAGUAACCAUGUUUUUAUUUGUGGAUUGUAUGAAAAUUAUCCAAAAAUACUACAAUAAUAAGUCACAAUCCAAUAAUAAGUCAUGAUUACUACAAUAUUAUCAUAAUAAAACCAUGGUUAAAUUCCAGGUAUCAUUUAUUAACAGUAAUUACAGAACACGAUCAAUCUUCUAACAACUUUUAAUUUAAAUAAACUUGUAACAAACGUCAAAAAAUCCCAUUAUAAUAAAAGUCACCUUUUCAUUUGUAGUUAUUUGGAAUGCCCAGAUUAUACGAUCCAAUUAAUUCCUUAUCAACAAAAUCAAGUCCCACUCUACAUUUUGCUCUCACUGAAUAUUGUGUUUUCCUCAGAAAUAUGUCACAUUAUGAAAGAAAAAUGGUUUGUGAAAGCCGUGUCAUGUUGACUUUUAUGCCAUGCAAAUCCUCAGUUUUGUACAGAACAUCUACGUGCAUUAUAUAAAUGUUACAUUGCCCCUUUUUUGUUUUUGAAGCUUGAAUUGUUCUGAAAAGCUCGUCCAUUUCGUGAAACAAAGUUACUAGUAUGUGUAUUUUGACAUUGCUGUUGAAUAAAACUAUUCUGUGUUGAAGUUGUGCAACUGUGCAGAUAGUUUAAUGAGGUUUUUAUUGGUCAAGCCUCAGAGGUGACUUUACACAGAGGUACAACUUUUUAACUAGGUUAUGUUGGGAGUGAAUUGUUUUAUUGUGGAAAAUAUCAAGGUCAAUGAUUUGACUGGAGUCUUAAUCUCAUGUGAGUGACAUUUUAAACAACUUUGCCAAACGUAUUAGUCGUUUUUAUGUAGAAAAAAAUGUACUUUGUUGCAAAGAAGGUUUCUUAUUAUUUUCACCUCUAUUUUUUGAUGUUCACCUGUUUGGGUAAGGAAAUAGUUUUGUAUGAGAUUCCUCAUAGAUUUGUGACAUUGAGUAUAAACAUCGUCAUAGUAAAAACAUUAAUCUA